AUGUCUCGUCUUGAAGCUACAAAUCCUCCAUUAUUUAUCACUUUAACUAAAGAUACAGCAAGUCAGUCACUGUCUCUGCUGAGUAGAAUAUUCAGAUCUUCCUAUGGUCCUGAUGGUAGACUCAAACAGCUCCACAACGGUAUGGGAGGCUGUGUUUGUACAACUUCCCAGUCCUCAGCUAUGCUCAGGCACCUUUCCGUCAGCCAUCCCGUGCUGCGUGUGGUGACAGCCUCUGUACGCAGCCACGUGUCACGCCUCAGCGACUGCGGCUUGUUCACUGCCAUUCUUUGCUGUAGUUUGAUUGAAAACUUUAGAAGCCUGAAUGUUGCACCCGGCACUGUCGUUAGAAUAAGCACACAUCUGUUGAGUUUGUGCAUGGACUACCUUAAAUCUGAGGCUUGUUGUUGCCGAGUGUCUGUGGAUUUUAGCAGCGUUCAGACUCUCGUUUGCUUGGUACGUAGCAUUUUAACAAGCAAACCUGCUUGCAUACUUAAUAAAACAGAAGUUGAUCAUCUCACCAUGCUGAUUGUAAAGGCUUUUUUAUUUACUGUUCCAUGUCAUGCUGAGACUAAUGCUGUUUUAGGGAAGUGUGUAAUAGUACCUGUGAAAGGUAGAAGAGUUGUGGAUUCUACGCUCCUUCCUGGACUACUGAUAGAAGCACCAGAAAUUCAAUUGGCAAAACCACUUACUGUCAAAAGGACUGGUUCAGAUAGGAUCAAGAUUGCACUUUUCUGUGUGUCCAUGUCAGGAGACUCCUUCAACCCUGAGGAAGGAACUAUAGCAGUCCAUCACGGAAUUUCACUAGAAAUGUUGGAGCUGAACCAAUUGCUUAAUGUAGGGGAGCAGCUCGUUAAGGAUGAGGUUGGCCUUGUAGUGUGUCAGAAGGUGAUCCAUCCAUCCUUGAAACAGUACCUGAAGGAGAACCAUGUCCUUGCUGUGGACAGAGCUGGGCUGUCUCUGAUGGAACCCCUGAGUCAGAUGACAGGUUCAAAGCCUAUAGCUUCCAUACAUUUGUUGUCUCCUGGUUGUUAUGGCAGUUUGAAAGAUGUGUGCGUUGAGAGUUUUGCUUCAAAGCAUUUUGUGCAUCUAAUUCCGGAGGACACAGUUAUCUGCAGCUUGAUACUCUGUAACAGAAGUGAUACAGCGUGGGAUGAGCUGAAGCGUGUCUGUGAAACUGCAGAACAUGUGUUGCAGUUAACAAUGAAGGAACCUUUGGCAUUAUUAGGAGGUGGUUGUACAGAAACUCACCUGGCUUCAUACAUAAGACACAAGAGUUCUAGUCUGUCCAGCAGCAGUUUUAAAGACCUAGAUUGUUCUCAGACACAGUACCAGUUGGUUGCUGAUGGGUUUUGCCGUUCCCUGGAGUCUGUAGCUCGCUCUCUGAAUCAUGAUGAUGGAGAAGUUCUUACAGACAUGGUUUAUGGACACUGUUGGUUUGUUCCAUCAGGUUAUCCCUCUGUCUCAAAGUGGUCAGAUUUAGUUUCAAAAUGUGGGUGUGGAGUUAAUGAUAACACAGAGGACCUCAACUGGAGGCUUUUGCAAGGCCAGUCUGGCUCUCCUAUUAUACAGAGCUGCCCUAAAGAGUCGUCAGUAAAGGUUAAUGACUUCCUGACAUUGGACUGUUUUGCUGCAAAGUGUAGUGGCCUGCAAGUAGCUCUGGAGACAGCCAAUCUGAUUUUGGAUCUCUCAUAUAUAAUUGAAGAUCAAAAUUAG